CUCCUAAUCUCUUAUCUGGACUUAACAAAUCCUAACACCGAAUUCAGAUACAGAAAAAAAAACAUGGACAUUUAACUGUGAGUACCAACUCAAUCAUAACUGACUUUUGGAAGAUAAUGUGACUGUGUAUCUGUGUUUAAAUUUAAAAUGAAAACACGGGAGCGGAAAGGGAAGUUGGAAAAAGGGAAUCGUGGGGAGGAGCGGAGUGGAGUGCGGGGCGGGAAGGCAGCGGGGGCGGCGGCGGAGGCGGCGGCGGCGCGGGAGCGGGCCAAGCGCUCCGGCCUGCACGCCGUCAAGCUGCACCUCGAGGUCACGGGCGGCACCGGGCGCACCUCGCGCUCCGCCACCGCGGUCCGCAAGACAAGCGUCCGAAUGGCGGAGAUAAAGGAGUACCCGUUCGACCUGAGCGACCUGAAGAGUGGAGAGGGGGGGAAGCCCCCGCCCCCCGCACCCACCCCCGCCGACGCCCCCGUAUCGGCGCCCGCGCACAAACCACCCUCGCCGGAGUUCGUCAAGCGAAGAGUGUCCAUCAUGGCCAAUGAAGACAGCAAAGACCGGGAGAACCUACCGUCUGACAGGAAUGGAGUCGGGCGCGUCACCACGACGGCGGAGGGCCCGUCGCGGCGCAAGAGCAAUCUGCACAACGCCAUGGCCGCAGAGAUGGACAACUCAUGGGACCGGCCGUCGCACAUCGAGGGAAGGUACAAGAAAUACUCGACCACAUCAUCGAUCUACUCUAAGAAGGCCUUAUCUCACCAGAGCGAGCACGUUGAGAGAUCCUGGUGGUACGCGUGCUGUCAGAAGUGUCAUCAAGAAGAAUCCGGGAUUCCAUCGUGGGAACCGACUCAUUGGCAGAAAAUAUGCCCCUAUCCACUAUGUCCGUCGUACAGACAUUUCGCUCAGACUUUAUCUAUUCUAAUUAUAGGCAUCCUUGUGUGGAUGACAGUAUGGGUAAUCCUGGGCGACACGGCGGCGCCGGGCGGCCAGCUGUUCACUCUGGCUGCGCUCACCAUCGCCGCCUACUUCGGGGGCUGGCUGGUGCUCAAGAUCACCACGCUCCCAGGACUCAUAGGAAUGCUGUUCGUCGGAAUCCUGUUGAAAAAUGUUGGCUUCGUCAAUUUUGACACCAGCUACCAGCAUGUUACUUCGUACAUCAGAAAAAUGGCUCUAACAAUAAUUCUGACCCGCGCGGGCAUGGACCUAGACCCGGUGGCGAUGAAGAAGAUGUUCUUCACGGUGAUCAAGCUGGCGCUGGUGCCGUGGAUCUUCGAGUGGGCGCUCUGCACCGUCAUGUCGCACUACUUGCUCGCGCUGCCUUGGGAUUGGGCGUGCCUGCUAGGCUCGAUCAUAGCGGCGGUGUCGCCGGCGGUGGUGGUCCCAUGUCUGUUCCGGCUGCGCGGGAAGGGCUACGGGGUGUCCAAGGGCAUCCCCACGCUGGUGCUAGCCGUGUCCGGCAUCGAUGACGCCGCCAGUGUCGCCGUGUUCGGGAUCGUGUCGUCGCUCAUGUUCUCGUCGACCUCGCUCACUAUGAAUAUUAUUCAGGGCCCCCUAAGCGUGGUCGGCGGCGUGGCGUUCGGCGUCCUCUGCGGGUACCUGGUGAAGUACAUCCCGGAGCGGAACGACGCGUUCCUGGUGCCGCUGCGGGUGCUGCUGCUGCUCACCGGCGGGCUGCUGUCCGUGCUCGGGUCGGAGGAGAUGGGAUGGGGGGGCGCUGGCCCGCUGGCAGUGAUCGCGUUUGCGUUCGUGGCUUGCAAGAACUGGACGGAGCAGGGCUGGGAGCUGGAGGACAACCCCGUGGCCACCGCCUUCGAGAUCUUCUGGAUGUUCUUCGAGCCCAUGCUCUUCGCCGUCACCGGGGCUCAAGUUGUGAUCUCGGAGCUGGAGCCGCACCUGGUGCUGGUGGGCGGCGGCAUCCUGGUGACGUGCAUGGUGCUGCGCAUGCUGGUCACCAGCGCCAGCGCCGUGCGCUCCAACCUCAACAUCAAGGAGAAGUUCUUCGUCGGACUGUCUUGGAUGGCCAAGGCCACUGUGCAGGCUGCCCUAGGCCCUGUAGCCCUGGACGAGAUCCGCAAGAUCUCCGGAGUGGAGGGGCCCACGGCUGAGCUGAUCCGGUACGCCGAGACGGUGAUGACCAUCUGCAUCCUGUCGAUCGUGAUCACGGCGCCCAUCGGAGCCAUCGUCAUCACCAUCGCCGGCCCCAGACUGCUCACCAAGACCACCAAGCCGCCUGUGCUAGAAGGCUGGCGCCGCUCGCACCGGCCGUCCAUCAGGGACAUCUCCAUCAUCGACGAGGAGGAGCUGGCGGAGCGCGACGCGGAGGGGCUCCCCGACACGCCUCCCGAGACGCCGGCGCCGGCCGCCAACAGCACCCCCGCCCCUCACCCCAUCACCGUGCAGCCCAACCACCGGACUUGACCGCGACAAACACUCCAUCUACUACUCGAGCGAAUGGGGAGAAAAACUAAAAGCUAAUUACAGAUGGCGCCUUAGGCGACUAUGCCUAAUUCCACAGUUCUAAUUGGUUGGUUCAGUCCUAAUUUUUUCUCCCCGAUAGUGUAAUUGGUCAUCUUGAAAGGCACACACGAUUGUGCUGCCGAAGUAUCACUUAGUUUUCUUCCCCAUUAACUGUGCGCGAGGUCAUAUUAACUAGCUUUGGCUUUCUUGCUGGCCAGGUGCACAGUUAAUUCGCACGAGUAGUACUAUUCAACCAAUCGAUUCAUUUUACUUGUGUCUUGGAGUUAAAUGGCUCAUUCAUUAGCGAGUUAAGUUGUCGGUUGAAAAUUGGACGUAGCCUUAACCAUGCAUGGAAGAUGCCGGAAAGCUUAUAUUCCCUUGGCAUAAUAAUGUUUGUGUAAAAGUGGAACGCCUGAUUCUAAAUAAAAUCACCUAAACUACAAAGAUUAUGCUUAGAGCGUUUCUUGUAGGUACUUCUACAUCACAGGGUUUUAUACGUAAAGUGUCCCGAUCUAUUGGUCUUUAGACUCAUUAGUAUCAUUAAUUUGUUGCGUUAAAUAUACUUAUUGUUUCAUGUAAACGUAAAAUCAUGUUUUAAUAAUUAAUUGUAUUCAUCACAUUCCAAUAACAUAAAAGUAUAUUUUCGAAAAGUAUACUUACUUCAAAGUACAUAGUUAAUUUAAAAAUUAUUACUUACCUAAUGUACUUACCGACCAGCCUUUAUAUCGCUUUUAUAGUGUGCAAAGUUAUGGAGCAGCAAGGGUCAAAUUAAAUCAAAUCGAAUAUUUUAUUUCCAUCAAGUGUAGGUACAUUAAUGAUGACCUUCACUCUCAGUGGACUAUAAUCAUUUUAUCAAAAUAUAUAUUUUUUCUAUAACAUAAAUCAAUUAAUUGUGCCUUUCCUUUCUGCACCAUAUUUUUUUCAUGUACAUACAUUUUAUGAACUCAAUACUAGGUAUUUCUAUUAGUAACAGGAUAUGAAAAGGUCAACGAAAUUAGCAUAAGAGAUUGUAGUAUUAUUAAGGCGUUAUGUGAUAUUAGAGCGAGAGCGCGAGCCUCGCUUACUGUCGCUUGUCCACUUAGGGUUACCAUCGACAUUAGAUUUACUAGUUGAUACUUAUUUAUUAAAUAUUGUGUGUUUUAUUACGAGUUUGUCGUCAUAAUGAUCAGUAUUUUGAAUAUUCGUUUAAUAUUGUAAAACAAUCACCUUCUUGUUAGCUAGUUAUUAGUUAUCACUGUAUUCUGUACCUAGGUAGGUACUUAGAUUGUAAAUAAGUAUAUCAAAUCAUUUAUUUGUAAGUCAAUAUGCCUUUUAAUAUAUUUUUAAGUAAAACUUGAAAAUUUUAUAAACAUUAACUAUGAAUUCCGAUAGAAAUUAUGUAAUUAGAUACAGUAGGCCAUUUUGUAAAUAAUAUCAUUGUUAUCGAUUCAAUGUAAACAAAAUAUUUAUACAUACUAUAUAUACAUAUACAACAUCAUUAUUUUUCCUUCAAUUUCCGUCCCAUGUUUAUAAAUAAGAAUUAGUCGAUGGAUUCAAGUUUAGGGACCAAUCAUGGAUGUAUGAUCGCUAUUAAAAAACAUCUCAGUAAUUCUGAACGAUGCAAAAUAUCGAACAAUCAUUGAAUGUAAUUAAUUAUUUUCAAUUUAUAUUAUAUGGGAUAAAACAA